UUGAGCUGCAGAGAAACUCCACAAUGACUCCAAAUGUUCUCUGCCUGCUCUUUCUCUUGAUGGCCGACAUGUCUCUGAGUGCUCCAGCUAAAAACGAGGAUCCAGUCAAGGAGACGGCCAACUCUCUGGAAACCAUCCCAAGACCGAGAAUUGAUUUUGAAUCAUACAUCCUUCAAGGAGACAUCGCCAUACCGAAAAUUAGAAACAAGAAUGCAGAUCCGUGUGUUGAGAAAGGCUGCAAGUGGCCCAAACGUGGAAGCUACGUCACUGUGCCGUACUACAUCUCUGAUAGCUAUACUCAAGAAGAACGUAACGUCAUUCUUGGAGGACUCGAGAGCUUUGAGCUGACCACCUGCAUUCGCUUCGUCCCGUACAGGAGCAACGAUCGGGACUUCAUCUACUUCAAAUCAAACGAGGGGUGUUGGUCCUUCGUAGGACGUCAGAGGAGAGGACAGUUCAUCUCCCUGGAUAAAGAUGGAUGUUUGUCCCACCGCACAGUUCAGCAUGAGGUUCUUCACGCUCUGGGUUUCCACCAUGAGCAGGUCCGCUCUGACAGAGACCGUUACGUUUGGAUUUAUCCCCAAAACAUCAAGCCAGGAGCAGAGAACAAUUUCAAAAAAGAAGUGACCAACAACUUGGGAACUCCCUACGACUUCAACUCCGUCAUGCAUUACGGAAAAUAUGCAUUCUCCAAAAAUGGGUUGCCUACYAUCAUUGCCAAGUCYGAUCCUACCUUGAACUGGAGGCGAGCCACUCAGAUGAGUAUCUACGACAUCGCCCGCGUCAACACGCUUUACAGAUGCARAUAAAAUCUCCUGAAGAAACAACAGCCAAUAGUCAAGAAUUGAUCUGCUGCAAGAAAAUUAUCGGCUAAAAGUUAAACUGCAAAAACCAGCCUGCUUUUUAAAAAGAUCUGGAGCCACCUGCUGGUCAAAGGUUGCACUGCAUCUCAUGUUAAUGGGAGUUUUCUCACCCAGAUUCAUUAAAAGCUCUGAUUUGAAUUUGCUUUUUGCUUUUUACUUUGCAGAGAGGCUGGAAUAAAAUCAUGRUUUUGAUUAUAA